AUGGCUUCGUCUUCGUCACCAACAACAACAUUGAGCCGGAGAAGAACUCAAGCUCCGAUUCCAGCUCCGAAGAAACUCUCCAGCCUCGACGACGUCGUUUGCCAGAAAUGCAGCUCCGGCAAAUCCCCAACCAAGUUGCUCCUCUGCGACAAAUGCGACAAAGGCUAUCACAUCUUUUGCCUCUCACCUAUCCUCGCAAAAGUCCCCAAAUCCUCUUGGUUCUGCCCCUCUUGCUCCCAAACCACCACCAACAACCCUAAAUCUUUUCCUCUUGUACAGACGAAGAUUAUUGAUUUUUUCAAAAUCCAACGGUCUUCUGAAGCAUCUCAGAUUCCGAAUCAAGAUUCAAAGAAGAAGAGAAAGAGGGCUAGUAGUUUAGUGGUUUCCAAGAAGAAAAGGAAGCUGUUGCCGUUUACCCCGAGUGAUGAUUCUAGGAGAAGAUUAGUACAGAUGGCUUCGUUGGCAACUGCGCUGACUGCAACUAAGACGGAGUUCAGUAAUGAGCUUACUUAUAUGCCUGGAAUGGCUCCAAGGGAUGCUAAUUCUCCUUCUCUUGAACAUGGUGGAAUGCAGGUAAUGUCAAAAGAAGACAUUGAGACUCUUAACUUAUGCAGAAGUAUGAUGGAAAGAGGAGAAUGUCCACCCCUCAUGGUUGUUUUUGAUCCUGUAGAAGGCUUCACUGUGGAAGCAGACAAAUCCAUCAAAGAUUUGACAAUAGUAACAGAAUAUGUUGGAGAUGUAGAUUUUUUAAGGAAUCGGGAAUAUGAUGAUGGGGAUAGCAUUAUGACACUUCUUUUUGCUUCUGAUCCUUCACAAUCGCUGGUCAUCUGCCCAGAUAAACGCAGCAACAUAGCACGAUUUGUUAAUGGCAUCAACAAUCACACACUUGAAGGAAAAAAGAAGCAGAACUUGAAAUGUGUAAGAUUUAAUGUCGAUGGUGAAUGCCGGGUCCUUUUAAUUGCUAUCAGAGAUAUAGCCAAGGGGGAAAGGCUGUACUAUGACUACAAUGGAUAUGAACAUGAAUAUCCAACUGAACACUUUGUCUAA